GUCAAAAGCUUUUGGUUGUCAUUUAUUUUGAGAAAGUCGAAUAACGAAGACGCAAACUGAAGCGAUUAACAAAAGUACUUACUAAACUGGAAAACAAUAUGAGUGUACCACUUAAACACUUUAAGAAAGGUUCGGAAAAACCCUUACUUCCCGAUGAUGGCGUUUUGCGUAUUUACUCAAUGCGAUUCUGCCCAUAUGCCCAACGUGCACACCUGGUUCUGAAUGCCAAAAAGUUACCUCAUCACAAGAUUUUCAUCGAUUUAAAGGAGAAACCUGAAUGGUACACCGAAUACAGUCCGUUAGGCAAGGUUCCGGCUCUUCAAUUGACCGCCGUUGAUGGUCAACCAGCUCUGGUUGAGUCACUCGUUAUUGCGGAGUAUUUGGACGAACAAUAUCCGGAGCCUCCGCUAUUUGCUAAAGACCCGCUUAGAAAGGCACAGGAUAAGAUACUCAUUGAGCGUUUUGGAGCAGCAGGCAGUGCUGUUUAUCCCGUUUUCUUUACCAAUAAUCCACCAGAGGAUGCACUCAAGAAUCUGGAAAAUGUUUUGGAUAUUUUUGAACAGGAGAUAACCAAACGUGGCACGCCCUAUUUUGGGGGUCAGCAAAUCGGUAUUGUAGACUAUAUGAUAUGGCCUUGGUUUGAGCGCCUUGGAGCUUUAAAGCAUCUGCUACCCGAUAAAUACGAUCUGAACCAGACACGCUAUCCUAAUUUGGUUAAAUGGCGUGAUCUUGUCGCGCAAGAUGAAGCCGUUAAGCAAUACGCACUGGAUGGGGAAGUUCAUGCCAAUUUCAUGCGUCUACAGCGUGAAGGGAAACCCAAUUUUGAUUUGGCUUUUGAAACAUCGUAAAGCCCACUCCAUAAUAUGAGCAAAAUGUGAGACAGAUGAUUAAGCAUACUUAAAAUGUUCAUAAAAUUAUUAUUAUUCAUAUUUUUUCGAAAUAUAUUGUGUAUUCUAAGUUCAACGACCAGUAUACAUAGUAAAGCUGAGCGCAUGAUAAAAUAAAAAAUACUCAAAUUUCCCUUUGCUAAGCAA